UAAUUAAAAAACCAAAAAUCAAAAAAAUUUUUCUGUUUUGUGCCCAAAAAUAAUUCAUUUUCAUUUCAAAAGACCCAGUGACCGAAACACAAAAAAAUUCGCAACAACAAAAGUGCAGUGACCCAACAAUUAAAAGCAAAUGAAAUAGAGAAAAGUGCGAAAAAAGGGUUGGUUACACACAACCGUACAUACAUACACGUAUGGACGGACGGCCAACACAAAAAUAUCAAAACACAUAAAAGAUCAGUUUUGGCAAUUUAUUAAAAACAAAAUAAUACACAAAUCACAAAUUAAAAAAUAUAUAGCGGCUCUCAGUGUUCUUCGUUUGGUUGUGGCAUUUAUUUUAUUGAAAAUUUGAUAAAAUAUUCCAACCAAAUGAAGAUCAAAACGAAAUAACAAAAGAAAAUAAUAACCAAAUUGCAAAGUGACAAUUAAAGUACAUAAAGACUCAAAUAAAACAAAAACUAAUUAAAUUAACAGGGUGACCCGUGUAAAAAUAAAAAUAAUUAAUUAAAUUUUAAUGUGCAAAAAAUUGACCCCAAAAUCAUUAGAAGUUGUGUAUUUUAACUUAAAAAACAAAUUAGAGUGUUAAAACAGAAUUAUGGGUUGCUCGAUAAAUUUGUAAAUUUUAUCCCAAACUAAUUCUUUCUUUUUCUAUCACACAUAAAAUAUUGUGCAUUUUCAAAAAACCCCAACAAAAUCAAAUUCGUGCGUUCCGUGUAAAAACACAAAAACAAAAAAUCUACGCUCUGGGAUAAAAACGGAAAAACCCGCUACAACGGUUAAAUUCCCAAAACUUCAUCAAAUCAAAAACACUAAAACAACAAAAUCCAAGACUCUAACGACACAAAGCUACAAAAAUUGCAAAAGGCGCCAACACACAAUUCUGGACCCAAGCCAAGCGCCCACCUACACACACACACACAUACACACACAUCAAAAAAGAAGCUUCAAAAUAAUGGCCGGAUAUUUACCUCGCCCAGAGUCCCCACGACCCGCCAGACCCACACGCCCUCGCUUCGACCCACGGGAACCCAGGUAUCGCCCCGCAUCUUGGCAGUAUGCCUGUGGCCUCUGCCAGGAGGACCACGCCAUACGGUCAUGCCCGCGGUUCCGGCAAAUGACACCGUAUCAGAGAUACGAGACAGUUGAGAGACGGAGUUACUGUCGGAACUGUCUGGCGCGCAGCCAUCUGGCCCCAGACUGCCCCGUGGUCACUGCCUGCCGAACAUGCGACUACCGCCAUCACACAAUGCUGCAUGGAGCCCCACAGCUUAGGGAGACAUAUGGCAGCUACAGCCCGCCCCCAAUGGAGAUUGCCAACCCACGGCAACUUGCAAUCGAACCAGCCAACCAGAUGCCCAUCGUCCAAGGCCCUCCCCCGGUCGAGAUACCUUACAGCCGGGCCACUGUUUUUGUACCCACGGCGAUGGUGGAAUUGGCACCCGAGGAGCAGGACGAUUGGGCUGGGGUACGGGUACUUUUGUGCCAGGCAUCGACCAUCACCCGAAUCGCGGCAGCCACAGUAACUCGCCUGGGGAUACCAACGAGAGAGCGCAGAGGGCACCGUCUGGCAACAAUAAGACUUCGGUCAAGGCAUGCGUCGAGGAGGACCAUGUAUACCAUCCGGGCGGUGGUGACCCGGGAUUUGCCGCGACGACCCUAUUCAGAUCCCAUCAUUCCCGACCCCACAAGCAGCCUAAGAUCCCUUUCUUUGGCAGAUGCUGACCCUAGGGGCAACGAACCAAUCGAUGUAGAGGUAGGGGCCGAUGCCUACGCCCACCUCCGGAGGAGUGGUGUUGUACAACCCGGAUUGGGAGCCGUCUUCGCCCAGGAGACAGAUUGGGGAUACGUGUUCGUCGGCCCAGUCACCUCACAGGCGAGAAACCAAAAUUAAAAAGGUAAGAUGUCACUUCGUCACUUGGAGGGGGAGAAUGUUCAAAGUACGUUUGAACAUGAAAUCAUGUGCACCCAUGUGCAGACAUGCGUUCACGUAUGCACAUGACCCACUGUGCAUAACGGUACAUUGAAGUAAGUUCUUAAUCGCUGAUUCCGCCUUGACUUCAUAUUUGUUUACCUGGAAUUGUUGCUUGUAGCUUGGAAAGUUGACCGUUUUCGCGGGGUCCAAGUGACAAGCAACAACCAAAAAAAGAUCAGUCUCGCUUUUAAAUCUCAAACCCGCGCAUCGUAUUCUCUCCCCCUCAAAGUGAACCCAAGUGAAGUGAAAAGCAAAAAAGUGAUCUUACAUAUAUACAUAUAAACAAUCGUUAAAGAAAAGAACAUUACAAACAGUGAAACAAAAAUUAACAAACUCAAUUUUCAGACGUGAAGAAGACACUAAGAUACAACAUAAACCCACAAGA